AAGUGGAAAAAGAUCAUUGGCUUAGAUGCUGUAUUUGGAAGACUUAUUGUGAAAAUCAAAUUAGAUCAAUGGCUUAAAUGCUGGAGAAAAGUCGCUUAAAUGCGAGGAAAAAAAGUCGCUUAAAUGCGGGAAGAAAAUUCGCUUUAAUGCGGAAAAAAAAAGUCGCUUAAAUGCCGGGAAAAUUGCUUAAAUGCGGGAAGAAAAUUGCUUGAAUGCGCAGAAAAUGAAAACGCAGUUUCUAAAACGCAUAUUCGGUUGAAGAUGGAAAUUGUUCGACCAGAAAACCGUUAGAAGUGGCCAAGCGAAAAACUGAAGCAUCGCUUCAAUGUGUUAGUGCGAAUGCGGAAAAGAAAAAUAACGAAGAGGAAAGAAAGAGACAGAAACAACUCCAAAAAUGAGUCAUGUUUGCCAAGAUGUUGUCCUCAAAGGUUGUAACAGUUUAGGUAUUCUGCUAUAAAGAUUUGAUUGUUUUCGAAUUACCGUGUAUAAAUUGACAGAUGUUGCUAGCCGGAUAGAGAUGGUGUGUAAAGUAAACAACAAGGGAAAAGUGUUUAGAUCAACAAGAUGAUUCGUACGCUGGGGCUGCAGAUGAAGCAGUUUGAUUAUGCAGCUCACACUGACGAUGUGGGUGUGGAAUGGCGAAAGUGGUUGCUGUCGUUCGAGACGAUGAUCCGAGCGUCCCGCAUCGAGGAUGAAGAUUGGAAAAAAGAUCUGCUGCUGCACUAUGCCGGCCCAAAUGUUCAGCAGCUCUUCGGAACGCUGCCGGAGUUGCCCGGGGAAGAAAUGCGUGGGCCGUUGAUAAACAUCGAACACUACACGCCAAGUAUGACCAGCUACGAGGAAGCCUGCGCCAGACUGAAUGAGUUCUUUCUGCCCAAGGAAAACUCGACCUACGAGCGCCACAUUUUGCGGCAAAUGAAACAACGGCUCGGUGAGAGUAUUGACGCUUUUACCGUUAGACUGCGAGUUCAGGCCGAAAGGUGUGGAUUUGAUGAUCGGAUGGAGGAGCACAUCAAGGACCAAAUUAUUCAGACAAGCCAACCAGACACGCUGCGCCGAGAUUUGCUGAAGCGGGGCGACGCAAGUCUCGAAGAGAUAGUAAACGUUGUGAAGAUCUACGAAACCGUGGCGAAGCAGGACAAAUCUUUUGCGUCGGGAGAUGUUAAGCCAGCGGCAAGUGAGGUCAGCAAGAUUGAUGCUAAGCCUCCUCCGUCGGGUAACCGCAAACGAUUUCCGGAGAUAGCUUCGUCCGAGUGCCACCGUUGUGGAUUUGAAGGUCACGUGGCCAGUGAUGAGAGGUGUCCUGCCAGAGGACACAUGUGCAACAAAUGCGGUGGAAGGGACCACUUUGCGAGAAAGUGUCGAACGGCAAAGAAACCGUUCAGGCCUGGUGGAAACCGUUGGACCGGAAGUCACCCGAGAGCUUACGCCGCCAAGCAAGAUCGUUCUGAGGCGGAUUCCAGCACGGUGAAACACAUCGCUGAUAAGGACACGGAGUAUGUCUUUAACGUGACUUCAAGUAACGACGAUGGUGAGAUGCAAUGCGAAGUAGGUGGCGUUGGUAUGUGUGCGGUUAUUGACUCGGGCUCGAAGUACAACCUCCUGAGCCAAGGAGACUGGGAAAAACUCAAGGCCAAGAAGGUAGUCGUGUCGAAUCAACGCAAGGAGACGUCGAAGUCGUUCAAAGCGUACGGGGGGCAGCCUCUUCCGUUGCUGGGCGUAUUUACAGCUUCGCUCAAGAUUGGAUCCGUAACAGAACCGGCCGAGUUCUAUGUGGUGGAAGGAAACGGCAAGUUUCUUAUCGGUCGUGACACAGCUACAGCGAUGGGUGUCCUGCGAAUCGGUGUACCAGUUAACGAAGUGGACACUGAGUGCAAGCGGUUGGGCACCAUCAAAGGAAUUGUCGUAGACAUCCCGAUCAGGGCUGACGUAACUCCCGUUGUUCAACCGUACCGACGCAUACCGGUGGCGUUGGAGGCCAAAGUGGACCAGAAGAUUGACGAGCUGUUGAGCCAGGGUGUAAUCGAGCGAGUGAACGCGCCAUCAAAAUGGAUAUCUCCUGUAGUAGUGGUGCCAAAAGGCGACGACGUACGAAUCUGCAUUGACAUGCGACGAGCGAAUGAAGCUGUGGAAAGGGAGAACCACCCCCUACCGACCAUCGAAGAUUUUUUGCCACACUUGGCGAAGGCCAAGAUUUUCUCGCGACUGGACGUGAAGAACGCUUUUCAUCAGGUGGAAAUUUCUCAGAAAUCUCGAGAGAUUACUACUUUUAUGACUCGCAAAGGCUUGUUCCGGUACACGCGGCUCCUCUUCGGGAUUAAUUGUGCCCCGGAGUAUUUCCAGAAGUCGAUGGAGCAGAUCUUAAGUGGCUGUGAAGGAUGCUUGAUUUACAUUGACGAUGUUAUUGUUUAUGGAUCAGAUCGAGAGGAACACGACUUAAGGCUGCAGGAAGUUCUGGCGCGAUUUAAGGAGAGGAACGUGUUACUGAAUGAUAGCAAAUGUGUGUACGGAGUGACAGAGUUAACUUUUUUGGGACACGUGCUUUCUACGGAUGGAAUUAGACCUGACUCGGACAAACUUGAAUCGAUUCGAAACUUCCGUGAGCCUAGAACCGCCGAGGAGGUUCGGAGCUUUCUCGGCCUAGUUACUUACGUUGGAAAGUUCAUUCCUGAUUUGGCUACUUUGACUUUCCCGUUGCGACUUCUUACCAACCAGGUGUGCAAGUUCACAUGGGGAAGUGAGCAACAAGCUGCUUUUGAACGGUUGAAACACCACAUGAUGAACCCACGGUCGUUGGGUUUCUUUGACGUUGACGACCGCACCCAGCUGGUAGCCGACGCAAGCCCCGUCGGAUUAGGAGCUGUGCUUAUGCAGUUGAAUGACGCUGGCCCGAGAAUAAUCUCGUAUGCUAGCAAGAGCUUGUCCGAUACCGAGAGGCGGUAUGCACAGAUCGAAAAGGAAGCAUUGGCACUAGUUUGGGCGGUAGAGCGGUUCCAUUACUACCUGUACGGGCGGAAGUUUGAGCUGAUCACUGAUCACAAGCCGUUGGAAACAAUAUUCGGAUCACGCUCGAAACCGUGCGCAAGAAUCGAGAGGUGGGUCGUACGGUUGCAAGCGUACAAAGGUACAGUAAUCUACAAGCCGGGCAAAUCGAACAUCGCUGACCCACUGUCAAGGCUUGCGAUCACGGCUAACGCUACAGGCAUGACGUUUGAUGAUUGUGCUGAACACUACGUGCAGUGGGUUGCAUCGAACGCAAAGCCCGUUGCUCUGAAAUUGACGGAAAUUGAGCAGGCGUCCAAAACAGACUCAGCUAUACAGGCCGUUCGUGUUGCGCUGGAUGAAGGUGUAUGGGCAGAAGAAGCGCUCCCGUACAAGCUGAUUGCGGUAGAAUUGUGCUUUGCUGGCAGUAUCUUGCUGCGUGGAACUAGGAUGGUGAUACCCGAACAACUACGAACGAAGACCUUGGACCUGGCUCAUGAGGGUCAUCCCGGUAUGACGAUUAUGAAGCAAAGGCUGCGGGCUAAGGUUUGGUGGCCAAAGCUCGACGCACAGGUUGAACAAUACGUUAAGCAGUGCCGAGGCUGCACGCUGGUAGCAGCACCUUCGGCUCCGGAACCAAUGAAACGACGUGAGCUACCAUCUGGACCGUGGCAACAUGUGGCUAUGGACUUCCUUGGCCCACUUCCGACUGGUCAUUACCUCUUCGUUGUAGUUGACUAUUAUAGUCGCUACAUUGAAGUGGAAAUUAUGACAAAAAUCGAUUCGAAAGACACCAUCAAGCGACUGGAGACCAUUUUUGCUCGAUUUGGACUGCCGUUGAGUAUUACUGCCGAUAACGGUCCGCAAUUCAAAAGCGAGGAAUUCCGAGUUUACUGUGAAUCAAACAACAUUCAGCUGAUCACCACAACACCGUACUGGCCAGAGCAGAACGGCGAGGUUGAGCGCCAAAAUCGUUCUAUCCUGAAAAGGUUGAUUAUCAGCCAUGAAACAAACGCCGACUGGGUCGAGGAACUGAACAAAUAUCUGCUAAUGUACCGAUCGUCUCCACACUCAACUACCAAGAAAACACCAUCGGAGUUGCUGUUUGGCUACAACAUUCGUGAUAAACUUCCGGGUAUUUAUCAGCCGAAGGAAGUGGACGAAGCACUGGUUGAUCGUGAUCGAGAGAUGAAGGACAAAGGAAAGCAGUACGCGGACGAGAAGCGGCACGCUAAGCCAAACCCGAUUUCGGAAGGUGACGAUGUUUUGGUGAAGAAAAUGAGCAAGGCUAACAAAUUGUCUCCUAAUUUUGAAUCUGAACCAUUCAAAGUUGUAAAAAGGAAGGGAGGUGAUACGCUGAUAGCUUCAGAGUCUGGGGUCAAGUAUCGCAGACAUGUGACUCAUCUGAAGAAAAUCGAGAAACCUGUUUCAUCUGAUUCUGAUCAGAUCUCGGACGGAAACCAUCCCGGUCGCAGCGGACACCUCCCCGAUAACAGCACUACAAGGACCGGAUCCAGACGGGCUACCCGUCAGCCCGCCUACAUGCGUGAUUAUGUUCAUUCUGUACAGGAUUACUAAUUCAAAGAAAAGGGGAAGGUGGAUGUAGUAUCCUAGCUACCUUUAUAUUGAUAUACCUUGCUAAUAACAUGAGUGACACAGCCCUGUUCAUGAAACACACACACUUACAGAGAAAUAAUUAAACGGGGAUUCUUGUUCUGACCACCAAGCGUGCACAACGUGUUUUCUUUGAGCUCCGGAAUCUUCUCGAU